GAGAACGACUUGUGGAUGGAUUACGACGUGCUGAAGGGCAUGGGAGUGCGGAAGGGUGGAGGAUCUGCUUCACAUCACAGGCUCUCAUCUUGACAGCAUGGCACCGGUGACGGCGAACAAAGUUCGCAGGCUGCAAGCCUUGCUAGAGCACAAGGAGGCAUCUCAGGUUGUGACCUGGACAGCAAGAGACGCAGAGACGAGCCGGACCCCUCAUCCCCUUCCCACGCCAGAUGUCUCAGCCAACAGGAGCAGCUUGCUUCCUUCAGAGCUCUUCUCCCUGCAGGACAGACAGACAGGCAACGCAGCCCCGCGAAGUGCUGGCGGGUCCUCUCGCCCCAAGAGCGCGUCCAAGACGGAGAUGGCGGUCGAAGCGAUCGGGAGGGCGCUCAAGGUUCUCGGUCAGUCGGACAGCAACGGGGAGAACAUCAGCGACGACGUUCGCUCCCGGCUGAUCUCCAUGCUCCUGACCCCGCAUGCGGGUACUUCUUCGUGACCAAUCUGAACAAUUGGGGAGAUGGAGAGGAAUCCUGCUCAGGGGGAGAUGGAGCGUCUCUGAUCCUCGUUGGAGGCUACCUGUGUCUCUCGUGCGUCAAUGACCAUCAUUGGAUGCUACCAGGGUCGGUCGUGGGGCUAGCCAAGCGCGAUAGCGCUGGCGUGUGUGCGCUAGCACACAAGAGCAUCAAUCCCUUCUCAAUUGCUUUGAAAGCAAUCACAUCCUAACAGGCUGUUUUGUGAGGUGUGCUCUUUGGGCACCACCGAAUAAAGUUAUUCAACACCC